CACACUGUAUUAUGCAGUAGGUCUAUCUGUAAUAUUCAAGAAGGUUUAUAAUGUGACGGACACGCUUACCUACCUGCUACAUUCAGUAGGUAUUAGUUAAAUACGAAGUUAAGUGCUUAUAGAGCUGCAAUUUUUUUUUUUAAAUGAAAGUAAAAAACACAAUGUGGACAGUAUUUAUAUUAUUAGUGUUGGUGACCGAUUCGCAAUGUGCCAAUAUUUUAGGAGUGUUUCCACUGAAUCUCAAAAGUCAUUACAUUAUAUACCAAUCCGUCAUGAAGGAGCUGGCCAGAAGAGGACAUAAUUUAACCGUGAUUAAUCCAUUCCCAAUGAACACACCACAGGAAAAUUUCACCGAUGUUGAAAUAACAGGAUGUUUCAACUUUCCAGAGGGUUUCGGUUUAAAUGCUGCGAAUAUCCAUCGUAAUCCAUUUCUACAAACCAAUGUGAUGCUUUCAAGCGGUGUCGAGGUAAUGGAACAAAUGUUUCAAUGUGAAAAAAUGAAGAAAUUCUUGAAUUCGAACGAUUCUUACGAUUUGGUCAUCACCGAAUUAUUUUUCGGCGAUGUGAUUUUGGGAUUUGUGCAUAAGUUCCAAGCACAGCAUAUCGCAUUUUGCCCUGUUUCUGUUUAUCCUUGGGCAGCUGAUCGUAUAGGUAAUCCGAGUAAUCCAUCUUAUAUACCGUAUCCUUAUACUGAUGGAGAAUUUGAUCGAUUUCAUCCGACGUUUUUGCAAAGAUUGUAUAAUACUUUAUGCUAUUUAUUUGUCGAGGUGUUGUAUUUUUAUUAUUCGCGUGGAAACGAAGAUAUUGCCAAAAGGGUAUUUGGUGCGGAUACUCCGAGACUCGAUGAAAUAGCGAAAAACACCAGUUUGAUAUUUUCGUUUUCGCAUUUCAGUUUCAAUGCUCCUUUUGCUUUGGUUCCUAAUAUGAUUCAAAUCGCUGGGGUGCAAAUUACUGAGGCGAAACCGUUACCAGAGGACAUUCAGAAAUUUAUCGAUGAAUCGGAACAUGGUGUAAUAUACUUCUGCAUGGGAUCUUUGUUCAAAAUGGAGACUUUUCCAGAGUCAAAACGAAUAGCUUUUUUAAGAGCUUUCAGUAAGCUACCUCAAAGAGUCUUAUGGAAAUGGGAUGGUGAUCUGCAAGGCAAAACUGAUCGAAUUUUCACCUCCAAGUGGAUGCCACAAAGGGACAUAUUAGCUCAUCCCAAUGUGAAACUAUUCAUAGCCCAUGGAGGAGCUUUAGGCAUAAAUGAAGCCAUCUACGAAGGGAUUCCCAUUUUAGGGAUCCCAAUCUACGCCGAUCAAACUCUUAACCUACGAGUAUUACAAUCCAAUGGAGCUGCUGAGGUUCUUGAUUAUUCUGACAUCAAUAAUGAUACAGUGCUGGACAAAAUUUUGCAGGUUUUACAGCCUAAUUUUAAUACGCCUCUUCCUCUGGUUCCUGGAGUGAUUCAGAUUGCUGGGUUGCAGAUUACCGAGGCGAAAGCUUUACCUGAGGACAUUCAAAAAUUUAUUGAUGAAUCCGAACAUGGAGUGAUAUACUUUAGCAUGGGAUCAUUAUUCAAAAUGGAAACUUUUCCUGAGACAAAACUGACAGCUUUAUUGAGAGCUUUUGAAGAAUUACCUCUAAGAGUCGUAUGGAAGUGGAAUGGUGAUCUUCCGAAGAGAACUGAUCAAAUUCUUACUUCUAAGUGGAUGCCUCAAAGGGAUAUAUUAGCUCAUCCUAAAGUGAAACUAUUCAUAACUCAUGGUGGAGCUUUAGGUUUAAAUGAGGCCAUCUACGAAGGUAUCCCAGUUUUAGGGAUUCCAAUAUACGCCGAUCAAACGCUCAAUCUACGAGUAUUACAAGCCCAUGGAGCAGGUGAAAUUCUAGAAUAUUCUGACAUCAAUGCAGAAUUUGAUACAGUGUUCAGGAAAAUCAUGCAGGUUUUAGAACCUAAGUAUGCUGUGAAUAUGAAAAAAUUGUCGAGAAUUUAUAAAGAUAGACCUACGUCUGUCAUGGAUACAGCAAUAUACUGGAUUGAAUAUGUAAUUAGACAUGAAGGAGCUCACCACUUACGUUCUCCUGCUGUAGAUUUACCCUUAUAUCAAUACUUACUUCUGGAUGUCAUCGUUUUUCUGCUCAGUGUUAUUUUUUGUUUGAUAUUUUUCGUUUAUUAUUUGCUUAAGAAAUUAUGGUCAUUUUUUACUCGAAAACCGUCGAGCGCUGAUUAUAAAAAAAGAAGCUGAAAGAAAAAUGUAAUAUAUUAGUUCUUACGAUGAAAUUAGAGAACUAAGUAUCAAAACUAAGAUACCAAAAAUGUCACCACCUCCAAUGUCAAAUUGUUCUAAAUUUGCCACUCGGGACAGAAAUAGGUGAAGGAAUGGAAGACAAAUUCUAUGAAAUUUUGAAUUUCUUAGAUAGCGGAAUGAAUUAUUGGCUUCUUACUGAAAUUUUUUUCAAAAGUAGGUAAUCAUGACUUUUUCACCAACUGUUCAGAAAAUCUCAAACCACUAAGGAAACUUCAAUCAACUCCUCUAAAUUUGUUCAACAAAUAAUAUAGGCAGAUAGAUAUAUUUCAGUAAAAAUUUAUUUAUUUUUUCACCAGUCAAGUGUCAACCAUCUACAAAAUUUUAAAAAAGUUUUCAACUACACUCUUAAAUUUCGAGUAAACCAUAUUCGACUCUAUUUUCAUUAAAAUGUGCUUUUUUGAAUUGGGUAGGUAUUCAAAAAUUUACUCUUUUGUAGAUUAAUUUAAAAAAAUUAAAAAAAAUAAUCAUUGAUUUUAUGAUACAUAAUAAAAAUAAAUGGGCUAAAAAUACAAAAAAAAAAUGGUUAUAGAAUAUAGAUACUCAUUCAGAGCAAUAAACACCAAAAUAUACCCGACAAAGUAUACAUGUUUACCUACCUCAUAACAAAACGGUUCGCUCGUUUGAUGAUAAAUGUGAAAAUUAAUAGUGUUAUGAGCGUAAAAUAAGAAUCGUUCUUGUCAUGAAACGGUUCAGAAGUGUCGCUUCUUUUUAUCACAGUCAUUUGUAAUUUCAAUGUCAAAUAAAUCAUGUAUCUUUGAUA